GCCUUCUUCCUUAAAGGCGUUGGCUUUAACGUUAAAAUUUGUGGAGAAAAAAGAAGGGUGAAAACAGAAUGUGCAAGAUACUAGUUUGUAGUUCCAAUGGCGUCCUCCGUAAUCUUCUGUUUCCGGAUUCUUCUCCCUCUGGUGUUGGCGCUCGUCCUCUGGGCUCCUUUCCGGCAAAAAACCUAUCCCUAGCUUCUUACCGGCGGCGGUGGAAGAGGAGUGGAACUUUAUUCUCUUCGAAGCCAUCGUCAGCUGAGCUCUCCGCUGCCGAGGAGGAAUGGCUGAAGAAGCUGCCGGAGAAGAAGAAGCCCCUUUACUCACACAGCCUCCCUGGCAUCGAGGCCUGGCUCAAGAAAUUAGGUUUCAAUCAAAGCACCUCUGACCGUGCUAUCUGGUUCAUUGAGAGGCCGGACUGGCACGCUCAUCUAUCCCUUGACGUAACUGAUCUUUACAUUAGGUACAUGAAAAUUGGACCUGGUAACCUUGAUAAGGAUGUAGAGAGGAGAUUCAGUUAUGCAUUGAGUAGAGAAGACAUUGAGAAUGCUAUUCUUGGAGGGCCUUAAAGAGGACAAGGAUUGGAGCUCAUCAAUGGGAUGAAUUAUGAUUCUGGAAUUCACUCUUCCAUGAUUUUCUGCAUCCGUAGAUCCUUAUAGAUUAUUCAUUUUAACAGAACAUUCUUUAUUUUCUUGUUAUAUCGUUUAUGGUGGCUUGUGAAACGCAAUAUUUGAUGUCUUUUGAUGAUACUCAAUCUCUCUAAAUUCACCAGUCCAAUUAUUGUAAAUUUCUGAUCCCAAUCUGUCUCUAUUCUCUGAAUUCUUAGGUAUCUUAAUGGCUUUCAUGUUUCCAA